AUGAUUAUUCCUACAUAAGACUUACCUUUUAAUUCCUUACAAUAAGUAAGAAUUAUAGUAUAAUAGGAAGGUGGGACAAAGAGAUGUAAAUCAAGACAUAUUUGAUUUAAUAUAUUGGGUUCAAUAAGAAAUACUAAGUCCUGAAUUGUUGCCAUAUUUUGAUGUUUCGAAAAUACAGGACACUUUAAAAGGGUAGUUGGAAUCAAUCCAAGAUCUAAAGAAAGAAUUGUCAAAGCAUAAUAAAUAACGUGAUACUCAAUAUUUGACACUGCAUGUAAUUGAAUUGGAGAGAAUCUAAUAUUUUUAUCAAUAAUAUUUACGAACAAGAAUGUAAAAGUUGAUCCCGAAUGUGUUCUAUUAUUAUAACAAUAUUGGAGAAUAUCAAAUGAGUUUGAAGGAGAAAGAAUUCUUAAAAACAUUGGUUGAAAAACAAGCAGACUAUUUAUUAACAAAUUGUUUAAAAUAUUAUCAGAAAACUUAGAGAAACUUUGGAGUGAGAUUGGAUAAUCAAAAUUAAUCACAAUAAAGUUAGUAGGAUGAUAAAAUCAGUAAUAACAAGUUCGAUGUUAUAUAGAUGUGUAAAAACCGGAGUUAAAUUAAUAUGUAGUAAUUCAUGUAAAUACAACAAGAACUAUACAUGUUGGGUCUAUGUAAUUGAUUAAUAAUAUUUAAAAGAGCAUUGAGUGAAAAUGACAGUGCCUUAGUUUCAUAUGACGACAUAAAGUAGUUAUCAUACGUUAUUCUUAGAUUCAUGGUACCAAUUAAGAGUGUGACAUUGAUUUGA